CUCCGCCUUUCUUUCCUUCAAUCUCACCACCUCCCCCAGCUUUGCUUACUUUCGUCCAUCUCUUCUCGUCUUUUGAAAUUUUGGCCAGAGAAAUCUUGCCUCCUCCCCCUUCCUUUCCUUCCAUCUCGGCGAAUUGAUUUUAACCUCCUUCCAUCUAUAUAUCUCGCCGUCACCCCACCCUUCACCUCCUCAUCGCUGAGUCCAGAUUGAAACACAACGACACUUGGCAGUCCUCCAUCGUCGAUGUGCCAACCACAUCCUCCUACCUCUACUCCUCGCGACGGUACUCCGUUGCAGUCGCCACCAUCCCUCCUCCUCUCUUCCCCUUGUCGGAGGAUCCUUUCAUAUUUAGCCAUGCAUGCACCUCCACCCGCUCUCUCUCUCAAUCUUCUUUGCAAUCUAGCUAUGUCGAUCAUCUUUCAGCCUCUAGAUCCGACGAUCGGUCGAUAAUGUUGGUUGUGGCAAGCGACGCCAAUCAAACCCAAACCAAACCCGAACAAUUUCAAUUCGGGACAAACCGGCCCAUACCUACUUCGGGUGAAGUUCGCCUGGGAACAAGAGGGUAUUUUGGGUUUGGUUUUGUUCGGGUUCGGGAAACCGAACCUACCAAAUGCCCACCCAUACUCCUACCGUCCAAACCAACGCGUGGGGUCCACCUCCAACCAUUCAACCACUUUUUCGAUCGCUUUAUCUCCCCUCUCUCUUUCGGUCUCUCGCUCAGCUCUGAGACGCCUCAUUUCCUGAUACCUCCGCGUUGCCAUUGGUUUAAACCCUAAAAUUUGCGCGAAUUCUUUGUCUCCGAGGAUCGGUUUCCAGCUCGGAAAUGGUGGCCUGUACACGAACUACCGAGGAGAAGUAUUGGGGUCAUUAUAGCUGGAUGACAUUCACGUGAACCCAAUAGAGUUUGUAUACUGCGUGUUAAAUAGCUUGUUCAGUCAAUAACUAACCUACUGAGAACUUGUGAGGGGAAUUAUCUAUGCCUGGCAACGAAGUUGGAGAUAGGAUCCACAAUUUCUUUGGUCAGGAGACUUCUUCUCCGGUCCCACAACACUCGCAAAUUGCUGAUGCAGCCUGGCCUGGGAUGAGUGGGAAUCCGUGGGCUGGAAGUCAGGGACAGAUUGCCACACCCUUCAUAUCUGAUUUAAUAAAUCGCAGUUUACAGCAAUCAGUGGCUGAUUAUGAGAGAGGAUAUGGUGGUCAGUCAUCACCUGUGCAGCAUGAUUUGAGCUUUCAACAAUCAAUUGAAAGAACAGAGCCUGCUAGAAGUCAAUCACAAGAUCAGCAACCAACUAUAAAUGGUUACUUUCAGGGUCAUCAGGGUUUCCAGAUGAGGCAGAAUGAGACAAACUUUUUGGGAAUGGAUACAGAAUCUGAUCGGCAUAAUUUAACACCAAAGGGUUUUUCCGCAUUUGAUUCCCAUCAAGGAAACUGCCCUGACUUUCACAAACGAAAUUUAGUUAGGAUGGACUCUACUGAAUCUCCAGUUAAUUUUGACUCUUUUGGGGGUCAGCAUCAGAUGAGUCCCCAGCAUCCAGGAAUUCUGCAAUCUCUUCAUAGGCAACCUUUGGGGAUCGGGGAUAUGCAGCUGCUGCAGCAACAAUUGAUACUCAAGCAAAUGCAAGAAUUUCAGAGACAGCGACAGCAUCAUCAACAACUGCAGCAACAGGAAUCAACUAGGCAACUUAAUAUUUUGAAUCACGUGUCCUCUCUCGGAAAACAUGCGCUUGUUAGUCAGUCCCAAUCUAUGAUCAAUGGAAUUCCUGUACAGGAUGCAUCUGGUUAUUUAUUGCAGCCUGAGGUUAUUGCGGCUAACACAAACUGGCAACAGCAUAGUAUGUCUCCAGACAUGCGAGGCUCAUCUAGCGGGCUUGGAUUUUCGUUGGAACAAAACCAAGCACUUCACUUGAUGGGUGUGGUUCCGCAGAAGGUUGAUCAAUCUCUUUAUGGCGUCCCCAUCUCUGGAACAAGAGUUACUUCAAGUCAUUUUUCACCCAUCCAAAUGGACAAAGCCCCUCCCCAGCAGAUGUCUAGCAAUAAUAAUUCCCUUAUAGCUAAUCAGUAUACAGUUUCAUCAAACAAGGUGAAUGAUCAAGAAGGACCUUCGGGAUUGAGGCAAGGAUUUCAGGGGGGAAAUGUGGUUGGAAGAGUAGAUACUCAAGGCGUGGACAGUGGAGUUAAUUUAGAAUGUCUCCAGCAAGUGAAUUCCUGGCAAAGUAGUGUGCCAACCCAGGAAUUCCUUGGGAGGCAAGAUGGAGAAGCUCCAUCAAUACCAUCACAGGAGAAGACUGUUGGUCAGGCUGUGUCUUCUCAGAAUGCCACAACACUAGAUCCAACCGAAGAGAGGAUUUUGUAUGGGUCUGAUGAUAAUUUGUGGGAUGCUUUUGGAAACAGUGAUCAUGUGGGUUCUGGAUGUUUGAAUACGGAGAGUACGGAGGCACCGGGUGGUGCUUUGUCAUUUUUACAAAGUGGAACUUGGAGUGCUCUUAUGCAGUCAGCCGUAGCAGAAGCUUCUAGUGUGGAUGUUAGCACACAAGAGGAAUGGAGUGGUCCGGGUAGCCAGUGUACAGAACCUCAAAAUGGAAAUCGUCUGAUCCGGACUGUAAAUGGUUCUGGAAAACAACAAACAGCUUGGGCAGGUAACAGCUUCCAAACUGGCUUGACCUUGAAUAAUCCCUUCCAUCAAUCAGAUGAUAAUACAGGUAUAAAUAGUAAUGAAAUGCAUAGAGUUAAUCGUUCUGGGGUGAGCUCUCCACACGAUGUGAGUGAAAAGUCACAGAUGGAUUCUUUUCGGAAAUUUUCUCAGCAGUUUGUAAAAAGUAAUACCAAAUGGCUUGAUGGGAGCCAUCAACAAAAGGCUGCUGUUGAAGUGAGCCAUAAUCAUGAAAAGGUUGUUUAUUCUCCCGUUGUGGAUUCGAGUGCAAAGAACAUUUCCCAUCCCUGGGCCAAUCAGGCAGGCUCCCCCCUGCACAAUCCAAUUGGCCAAUCAUUCAUUAGACAAAAUGGUUGGAACUUCAUUGAUUCAGCAUCAUCAAAUACAGGCUCAGCUUUGAAGAGUCAAGGGAAACAAAAUCCUUUGCAAGCUCCCGCUACAAAUGAUUUAAAGAGCUCGAUAGGAAAGAACAUUUGGAGACCUGACCCUGUUUCCAACUCAGCUGUUGGGACAAUCUCCACACAAUCUAGUACUGGUAGCCCUCCAGUCAACACAGAGGAUUCUAGCCGGAAUAGUACUCCGGGUUUCAGCAGUAUGAUGCUCAACCAACAUAGCAGCCGAGAUGUUCCUCAACUAGGAAACAAUCUUGAUGUCUGGAAACAUGCUGAUCCAGUAAUGAACCAUAAGGGACGUGAGAUCACGGAAAGCCGUUCGCUCAGUAUGGAGAAGUCAGAGGGAGUGUUCGAGUCAUCUGGAAACUUGUAUGCUUCAAGCACCGUAAGCACUGAAAUGGAUAUUGCAGCUUUUGGACGCUCUUUGAGGCCCAAUGCUUCGUUGAGUCAAAAUUACUCAUUGCUGCAUCAAGUGCAGGAUGUGAAGAAUAGGGAGGUAGAUCAAAGUGGUAGGAGUUUGAAGAGACCGAAAGGAUCUGAUGGUAGUGUUGAUCCUCAGUUAGCUGCUUCUGAGGGUGGGCAGCAGUUGUUUGGACACGCUAACACUGCCAGAGGUGCAUUACUAAACAAUGCUUCUAGUUCUCCUGAUGAUCCAAAAGCAGUUGGCUUUUCUGGGAGACAAACAGACGUGCAUGGGCCGAAUCUUCCUUCUCAGGACAUGCAUGAGUUUGGUGGGAACAGUUCUAGAAAUUUUGCGGACAGCAAUGAUGGGGUUACUGGUAAAGGUGACCUUUCUCAGAUCAGUCCCCAGAUGGCUCCAUCAUGGUUUAAUCAGUAUGGCACCUUCAAGAAUGGACAGGUUUUAUCCACAUAUGAUGCUAGAAAAGUUACUGCCAUGAAGCAUGCAGAAUUAGCUCUAAGUGGUGGCAGGUCUUCUAAUAGACUGCCUAUUCCAGGUCCAUUAGAGGCUGCAAGAACCACUAGCGAUGAUGCAAAUCAGCAUGGCCUAGUUAGGAUAAGUUCUACGCCACUAAUUAGUGAGGAGUUUUCUUUUCCUCAACUGUCACGGCCUGACUCUGUUGGUAUGAGUUUGUUUGUGGUAAGACCAAAGAAGCGCAAGAGUGUCACAUGUGAUCUUGUUCCAUGGCAUAAGGAAGUGAUAAAGAUUCCGCAUAGGCUUCCGAAUAUGAGUUUGGCAGAAGUGGAAUGGGCAAAGGCAGUUCACCGUCUGACUGAAAAGGUGGAAGAUGAUGGUGAAAUCGUAUAUGAUGGGCCGCCAGCCAUAAAAUCAAAGAAAAGAUUGAUGUUGACGACACAGCUUAUGCAGAUACUGCUUCAUCCUCCUCCAUCGUGGGUUAUGUCUGCUCAUGCAACUUCUCAAUAUGAUAGUGCUGCUCAUUGUGUUGCUCGGUUGACACUGGGAGAUGUAUGUUGUUCGGUCAAUGGCUCCGCCAGUCACGCUUCCCCACCUUCCAAAAGUGGCAACAUAAUACCUGAGAGGCUCAGAAUCUCUAAAACUAAAAGUGAUCAAUACUUCUCGAAAGUUAUGGAAGAUCUCAUCGAGAGAACAAUAAAGGUGGAAAGUGACUUGCUGAGAUUGGAUAGGAGCAUGUCUGUGUUAGACUUGAGAGUAGAAUGUGAAGAUUUAGAGAAGUUCUCUGUCAUCAAUCGGUUUGCUAAGUUCCAUGGUCCAGGUCAAACAGCAGGUGGAGCAGUAGACACUUCAUCCUCGGGCGGCGCUUCUAAUGCACAGAAGGCCUUUCUUCAAAGAUAUGUUACUGCGCUUCCCUUCCCUAGGAAUAUCCCUGACAGAGUACAAUGUCUUUCACUUUGAUAGUUAUUUAAUCAAUUAAUUAAUUAGUUUUCUUCUCUUGCCCAUAUGCGCGCAGUCCAUGCUUUUUUGCAGUCUGUGAACAUGGAUGGGAAUGUAGGAAGCAGAUACUAGAUUGUCUCCUCAAAACUCAUAAUGGAUGUAGGCUGUUAGAUUUGUACUAAUUAAUGUAGGCUGUUCAUGUCACUGUGAUCUGUUUAUUAGGGAACUGUGGUUCGCCUUCAUCUUUUGGCGGACUGUUGGAAUGUGUAGUUUGGCACUUUGGCUUGUAGCCUAGUGGGAAGAAGAAGAUAACAGAGAUGGUCCUGACGCUACAUCUAGCAAGUAGCCUAGUGGGAAGCGCUUUAAAAGCUUCAUGUAAAAAGGGUUCGGUUCGUUGUCUUCCCUGUGAAGUGAAUGUAGAGAAGUAAUUGCUGGAUUUUGGUUUGGUGACUAAGUUAGUCUCUACUCAAUCUCCGGUCUUGCGUCCUUGCUUGAUAAAUAAGAAGUGGAUGAGGAUUGCUGAGGUUUGGUUGUAUGAGAAGCUUACGUCCUUUAUUGUUUUGGCCCCAAGUCUUAGAGAUAUCUGGUUCGGUUCUGAUGGAUGGGACGCGUUAUUAGAAUUUUGGAUGAAGAUGUUUUUCUCUUAUGUUUCCAGUUUAAUUAAUGGGCGGGGCACUGUUUCGUUCAAUCAAAAUUUAUUCUUCUUUCGUUCAGUUAAUUUGAGUAUUUGUAUUUCCUAAAAUGUCGUAUAUGCUC